AUGGUAGCGCCACUGGACUUCAGCCUCCCAACAGCCCUGAUCCUGAUCGACAAUCAAGCAGGCUUCAGCCACCAACAAACAAUCUCACACUGGGGCACCACACGAUCCAACCCAUUCUACGAAGUCAACCUCCGAGCACUUCUCGCUGCAUUCCGGACUGCAAAAUCCACCUCUUCUUCUUCUCGAUUUGAAGUCAUCCACAUUUUCCACUCAUCCACAACCCCCGGAUCUCCGCUACACCCCUCUCACCCCGCACAGGGUAUCCGUCCACUAGACUUCGCUACUCCUGCAUCUGAUGGGUCGGAGCCUGUAUUCUGGAAAAGUGUUAACUCCUCCUUUAUUGGAACAGGGCUUGAAGCGCAUUUGCGUGAGAAGGGUUUCCGUCAACUCAUUAUUGCCGGGUUGACGACUGAUCAUUGUGUUUCGACUACUGUGCGGAUGGCGGCUAAUCUGGGGGUUGUGGAUCGGUAUCUCGGGGAUGGUCCUGUUAAGUUGAGAGCGGAUGGUACCCAUGAGAGGGACGUCCAGGUUGAUAAGGGGCGGAUUGUGCUUGUUGCUGAUGCGACGGCUACUUUUGGGAAGUCUGGGAUUGAUUCUGAGACUAUUCAGAAGGUUACUGUUGCUAGCCUUGAUGGGGAGUUUGCUGAUGCUAUUGGGACGGAAGAGGUAGUUAAGGCUUUGAGGAAGAUUAAGAAAUAG